UUCCCGCGCAGUUUGUGCUGCUGCUGCUGCUGUCAGAGUCUGGGUGAUUGUGGUGCUGCCGCAUGGACAUCUCGGUGUAUGACCCGGCCAGCCUGCCGGACCUGCUGAAGCUCUACUACAAGAAGCUCUUCCCCUACUACCAGUACUACAGAUGGCUCAACUACGGGGGCGUCGUGAAGAACUACUUCCCAAACAGGGAGUUCAGCUUCACCUUGAAGGAUGACAUAUACGUGCGAUAUCAGUCCUUCAAUAACAUGAAUGAGCUUGAGAAGGAGAUGCAGAAGAUGAAUCCCUACAAAAUAGACAUAGGCGCAGUGUAUUCGCACAAGCCCAGCAUGCACAACUCUGUGAAGUCAGGAACCUUUCAAGCUCAGGAAAAGGAACUGGUGUUUGAUAUCGAUAUGACCGAUUAUGACGAUGUUCGGAGAUGCUGCAGUUCUGCAGAUAUUUGCAAUAAAUGCUGGACCUUGAUGACCAUUGCCAUCCGAAUCCUGGAUCGAGCCCUCCUUGAGGACUUUGGCUUUAAGUACCGACUAUGGGUUUACUCCGGUAGGAGAGGAGUUCACUGCUGGGUGUGUGAUGAGUCGGCAAGGAAACUCUCUCAGGCGGAAAGAUCAGCGGUGGCAGAAUAUUUAACUGUAGUAAAGGGAGGAGAAGAAACCAUAAAGAAAGUACAUCUCUCUGAUCCAAUUCAUCCGUUAUUAAGGAAAUCCAUUAAGGUUAUUGAGCGAUACUUUGAACCAUAUGCAUUGGUGGGUCAGGACAUCCUGGACAGUAAGCAGAGCUGGGACAAAGUCUUGUCACUUACUCCAGAAGCAGCGCGAGAGACUCUGCUGCAUGACUUCCAGAAAGCACGAUCUUCUGUAGAUCGCUGGGAGAGGCUAAAGAAAAGUUUGUUUAAUCUGGAUCUUAAAAAAGGUGCACAUUCAGCGGAGGAAAUUAUGUUACAAUAUUGCUAUCCCCGCUUGGAUAUUAAUGUCAGCAAAGGGGUGAAUCACUUGUUAAAAAGUCCCUUCAGUGUCCACCCUAAAACAGGUAGAAUUUCAGUUCCAAUUGAUGUAAAGAAGUUGGACAGUUUUGAUCCAUUUGCAGUCCCAACCAUAAGCAUGAUCUGUAGUGAGCUGGACAAUGUAAGCACACAGGAGGAGGACCAAGAUAGCCCCAAUGAGGGCGAGGCAGACGCUAAGCGACGAACUAGAGAUUAUAAAAGAACCAGCUUGGCUCCAUAUGUGAAAAUAUUUGAACAGUUUCUUGAUAAACUUGACCAGUCUCGGAAAGGACAAAUGUUGUUGAAGAGCGAUCUAAAGAAAGAGUUUUGAUCACGAAACCCUCACUUUACUUGGCGCCUUUACGCUUCUUGAUGGCUGUAAUCAGAGUCAUGGAACUUUGGCUUCCCUCCAUUACUACAGACAUUGGAGGCAGUUUGUGAAGAGCCUCUUACUGAACAAUUUCGACCUGAGUGAAAUGGCUGGACUUAUCAAAUAAAUUGUAUUAUAGUUUAGUAUAAUAUCUGUUCUCGAUCUCAUGAGUUGGUUGCGUCAAACAAAUGUAUAGAUUCAUCUGUUGUAUACAAAAUAGGCUCAGUUUAAUAACACUCGCGAUUGUACAGCAAGCUCCUAUAACGUAAUGUUUUAAGAUGUUUUCUCUCAGAAUAUAAAACCAUGGCCCUGAUUUAUCAGGACCGGGUGUGUUAGGCUGGUCUUGAUAGGGCCUGUGCCACCCGAGCGAGCAUUUCAUUUAUGACCAGGCACGGACCUAGUCCUAAAUGAAAUGCCUCCUCCGGCAGUCCAUGUGCCAGUCUGAAAUAUUUGGCAGCUCGGAGCUGUCGUAGAUUUCAAUCAUUAUUUACCCCAAUUUCUGG